UCACAAACAGUGUAGAGGAACACACUAAUGGUGAUUAUUAGCAUGAUUAAUAAAAACAUGCUCCCCGCAUCUAAAAAUUCACCCCCAAAAAAAAAAGAAAUUAAAAAGUUUCCUCUGAUUCCCAUACAUACAUACAUAUUCGGCUGCCUCUAGAACAACUACUCAAUUACACACACACACACACAAAAACACACACACACCAGCACGCAUAUAACUGUAAGCCUUCGAGCGAGGAGGAUAAAAUGGGAAGAAAGAAAUUGGAGAUAAAGCGAAUCGAGGACAACGGUGCGAGAAUGGUUUGUUUCUCGAAGAGAAGAAACGGUUUGAUUAAGAAAGCUAAGGAGUUAUCUGUUCUCUGCGAUGUCGACGUGGCCGCCAUCAUCUUCUCCAAGAGGGGCAAGCUUUUUCAGUUCUGUAGCACUGACAGCAUAGACCCAGUUCUUCAACGAUAUAAAGAUGAAGCUGAAAGCUCUACAAGGUCUUCCGAGGCAAAGAGCCAGUCAAACAACUCUAUUACAAGUGAUGAGUUACUCCGAGAUGUUGAAAGGGAACUUGACGAACUAAGUGUGACGGAUCUUAUGCUUCUGCAGAAAGAAAUCGAGGCUGCAAUAAGUCAAACGAGAUCUGCUAAGACACAGAGGAUGGUCGAUACUGUAUCAAGCCUUCGUGAAGAGGAAAAGAGCCUGGCAGAAGAAAAAAGGAGCCUGGAGGAGAUAACCGGAAAAAAUCGAAAUGCAAGGGGAAAGAAGAUCAUAUUGGAUCUCAACGUUGCUGCAGAUGACCAAAUGACCGAGUAGAAGUCAUCUAAACUUUUCAUUUAUGUAAAAAAUAACUCCGCAGCAUCUAAAUCAACAAACACAGGUAAUAAAUAAAUAAAAAGCUGCUGCUAAUGGGGAUAUCUAUCUAUCUACCUUCUGUAUUGUGUCACCAUGUAAGCUACUCUCGAGCCCUCUUCUUUAUUCAGGCUAUGCUAUACUGCGGUAUUUAUUCGUGGUUUUAUCUGUUGUAUGUUCAACUCUACUCCUCGGUCGAGUGGAUCCAUAAUAAUGUAAUAUGAAUUUGUUACGAUACUUACUCUUCACGGGGUUGUCUGAUAAUAGGGAGUUGAGCUUGGACUCAAUAUUA